UUUCAAACAGGAAUCGUUCAUGCAGUGGUAGAGUUUAGGUCAGCAACUGCAGGGUUUCAGUCGUUAAAAACUUUCUUCACUAGCUUUAUCAAGAAGUUUUCUACACUGUUUUAAGCACCAAACGUAAGAAGAAUGGCUGAACCGUUGAAGGCCUUUUUGGAAAACAAGCCGCAGGAAAAGGCAAAGAAAGAUCCCAAACGGCUUUCGGUUGAGAAGAUUUACCAGAAGAAGACUCAGUUGGAGCACAUUUUGCUCAGACCAGACACCUACAUAGGCUCUGUGGAGCCUGUCAGUCAACAAAUGUGGGUGUAUGAUGAGGACAUUGGACUGAACUGCCGCGAUGUAACAUUUGUGCCUGGGCUUUAUAAGAUUUUUGAUGAGAUCCUUGUAAAUGCAGCAGACAAUAAGCAAAGGGAUAAGAGCAUGUCCUGCAUCCGAGUCAACAUCGAUGUGGAGAACAACACCAUCAGUGUGUGGAAUAAUGGGAAGGGGAUCCCUGUGGUGGAGCACAAGGUGGAGAAGGUCUAUGUGCCUGCCCUCAUCUUUGGACAGCUCCUCACUUCCAGUAACUACAAUGAUGACCAGAAGAAAGUCACUGGUGGCCGUAAUGGAUACGGUGCAAAACUUUGCAAUAUCUUCAGUAAGAAGUUCACUGUGGAGACUGCUUGUAAAGAGUCAAAGAAGGUUUUCAAGCAGACCUGGUAUGAUAACAUGGGAAGAGCAGGAGAUACUUGCAUUAAACCUUUUGAAGGAGAGGAGUACACGUGCAUCACCUUCAGGCCGGAUCUGUCCAAGUUUAAGAUGAGCGUCCUGGACAAGGAUACAGUCGCUCUAAUGACCAGGAGAGCGUACGACAUUGCUGGGUCCACAAAGGGCGUCAAAGUCUUCUUCAAUAACAAGAGGCUGCCGGUUACUGGUUUUCGCAGCUAUGUGGACAUGUAUGUGAAGGACAAGGUAGAUGAGCUGGGUGGUGCCCUGACUGUGGUCCAUGAGGUUGUGAAUGACCGCUGGGAGGUCUGCCUCACCAUGAGUGAGAAAGGUUUCCAGCAAGUCAGCUUUGUCAACAGUAUUGCUACAACAAAGGGAGGCAGACACAUAGACUAUGUGGCUGACCAGGUGGUUGGAAAGCUCAUUGAAGUUGUGAAGAAGAAGAACAAAGCCGGUGUGGCUGUCAAACCUUUCCAGGUGAAAAACCACAUGUGGCUGUUUGUCAACUGUCUGAUUGAGAACCCCACCUUUGACUCUCAGACUAAAGAGAAUAUGACACUGCAGCAGAAGAGCUUUGGCUCCACUUGUCCACUCACUGACAAGUUCAUUAAACAGGCCACAGGAUGUGGGAUUGUGGAAAGCAUCAUGAACUGGGUGAAGUUCAAAGCUCAGUGUCAGCUCAACAAGAAGUGCUCAGCGGUGAAGCACUCAAAAAUCAAGGGAGUGCCCAAACUGGACGAUGCCAAUGAUGCAGGUGGGAAAAACUCCAUCGGCUGCACGCUGAUCCUUACUGAGGGAGACUCAGCUAAGACACUUGCUGUGUCUGGGCUGGGAGUGGUCGGAAGGGACCGCUACGGCGUGUUCCCUCUCAGAGGAAAAAUGCUCAAUGUUCGGGAGGCCUCUCACAAACAGAUUAUGGAAAAUGCUGAAAUCAACAAUAUCAUCAAGAUCCUUGGUCUCCAGUACAAGAAGAACUACAGUGACCCAGAAUCCUUGAAGAGUCUGCGUUACGGCAAGAUCAUGAUCAUGACAGAUCAGGAUCAAGACGGAUCCCACAUCAAAGGCCUGCUGAUCAACUUCAUCCAUCACAACUGGCCGUCGCUGCUUCGCCAUAACUUUCUGGAGGAGUUCAUCACACCCAUCAUUAAGGCGUCCUUCAAGAAAACCCAGCUGUCUUUCUACAGUAUCCCUGAAUUCGAUGCAUGGAAGGAGAGCCAGGCUAACCACAAAUCUUGGAAAAUCAAAUACUACAAAGGUUUGGGAACUAGCACAUCACAGGAAGCCAAGGAGUACUUCUCUGAUAUGCAGAGACACCGUAUCCCAUUCAAGUACGCUGGCCCUGAAGACGAUGAAGCUAUCACCCUCGCCUUUAGCAAGAAGAAGGUGGAUGAGAGGAAAGAGUGGCUCACAAACUUCAUGAACAACAGGCGCCAGCGCAGGGAGCACAAUCUUCCAGAGGAUUACCUGUAUGGUCAGUCAACAAAGUCCUUGUCCUACAAUGACUUUGUCAACAAGGAGCUUGUGCUUUUCUCCAACUCUGACAACGAGAGGUCCAUUCCCUGCUUGGUGGAUGGUAUGAAACCAGGACAGAGGAAGGUGCUGUACUGCUGCUUUAAGAGGAAUGAUAAGCGGGAGGUGAAGGUUGCCCAGCUGGCUGGCUCAGUGGCUGAGAUGUCAGCGUACCACCAUGGAGAGGUGUCCCUGAUGAUGACAAUCGUUGGUUUAGCCCAGAACUUUGUGGGAAGCAACAAUAUGAACCUGCUGCAGCCCCUGGGACAGUUUGGAACCAGGUUGCACGGUGGCAAGGACUCAGCCAGCCCUCGAUACAUCUUUACAAUGCUCAGCCCCCUGGCUCGCCUCGUUUUCCCAGCAGUGGACGACAACCUGCUCAAGUACAACUAUGACGAUAACCUGCGUGUAGAGCCCGAGUGGUACAUUCCCAUCAUCCCCAUGGUGCUGGUAAAUGGCUCUGAGGGCAUCGGGACUGGCUGGGCCAGCAAGAUUCCCAACUAUGACAUCCGUGAGAUCAUCAGCAACCUCGACAGAAUGCUCAACGGCCAGGAGCCUUUGCCCAUGUUUCCAAAUUACAAGAACUUCAGAGGGACAAUUGAACAGGUGAUGGAUAACCAGUACAUGAACAGUGGAGAGGUGGCCAUCCUUGACUCCACCACCAUUGAAAUCUCUGAGUUGCCGGUCAAAACCUGGACCCAGUCCUACAAGGAGAAUGUUCUGGAGCCGAUGUUGAAUGGGACGGAGAAAGUUCCUCCUCUGAUCACUGACUACAAGGAGUAUCACACCGAUACCACAGUCCGCUUUGUCAUCAAGAUGACAGAAGAGAAGCUGAGGGAGGUGGAGGCUGCUGGCCUCCAUAAAGUCUUCAAGCUGCAGAGCCCGCUCACCUGCAACUCUAUGGUUCUGUUUGACCAGGUGGGCAGCUUGAAAAAGUACGAGUCUGUCCAGGAUAUCUUUAAGGACUUCUUUGAGCUGAGGAUGAAAUACUAUGUUCUGAGAAAGGACUGGUUGGUUGGCAUGCUCGGGGCGGAAAGUUCCAAGCUCUCAAACCAGGCCCGUUUCAUCUUGGAGAAAAUUCAGGGCACCUUGGUCAUUGAAAACAAGCCGAAGAAGGAACUGAUCCGCAUGCUACAGCAGAUGGGCUACGACUCAGACCCAGUUAAAGCUUGGAAACAGGCUCAAGGAAAGAAUGAGGAGGAGCUGGAAGAUGUAGAGGAGGAAGGAACGGAAAAAGAGGACAACAGUGGACCUGACUACAACUACCUGCUCAGCAUGCCGAUGUGGUUCCUGACCAAAGAGAAGAAAGAGGAGCUGUGCAGACAGAGGGAUAAUAAGCUGACAGAGCUGAAUACCCUGAAGAAAAAGGCCCCAGCUGACCUGUGGAGGGCGGACCUUGCAGCUUUCUCAGAGGAACUAGAGCGCCUUGAAGCAAAAGAAAAAGAGGAAGCCACUGCUCCUGUUAAAGGAGCGGGGAAAGGCAAAGUUAAGAAAGUGAAGCAGGAGACUCUGCCCACGCCGCAGGGCCGGCGCGUGAUUCCACGCGUCACAAGCACAAUGAAAGCUGAAGCCAACAGGAAGGCUGACCUGAAGAAAGGAGAAGGCAAGAGAGGCAAAAAAGUCAAGACUGAAGAUGUAGUAAUGAAGAUGGAAUUCGAUGAGGAUGCAGAGAACAUGGUACCAGCUGAGGAAAUGGGACUGAGUUCACGGCUGGCUAAGAAAACUAAACCAGAGGCCAAAGAGAAAGCUCCUUCAAAGACUGGAAAACAGACGACUCUUCAGUUCAAACCUGUUGCCAAGAAGCCAAAGAAGAAUCCGUGGUCAGAUGAGGAAUCUGAAGGCUUGUCAGGAAGCGAAAUGGAGGAAGAGGAGGUGGCUGCCCCCAGGGAGCGCAUAGUACGCAAAACUAAAGCUCCGGUGAAGUACAGCAUGUCUGACAGUGAAGAUGAAUUUUAUGAGAGCGGAAAGAAGAGCUCUCCAAAGAGGAAAGCUGUUAUCACUGAUGAUGAUGAUGAUGCAAGCUUUGCCCCAGAGCCCAGUGAUGUCUCGGACAUUGACGUCAAGUCAUUAGCCCCACCUCCCAAAGCUCCAGAGCCAGCGAAGAAGAUGAUAAAGGGCAAGACAACAACCGUUAAAAACCCCAAAACCAAGUCAUCUACUUCAUCCGACGAUCCAGCGCCUGCAGCCAAGCGUCCCGCUCAAUCUAAACCCAAAGAGCCGGCACCAAAAAAAGCUGCUCCAACCAAGAAAUCCGCUGCCUCCAAGAAGGCAACAGGUGAGAAACAGCCUUCUAUUGUGGAUGCUCUCUCCAAGCCCAAACCUCCCUCCAAGACUGCUGCCAAAAAUCUUCUCAACUUUGACUCGAGUGAUUCAGAAGAUGAAGGGAACGUUGCAGCAAAAAAGACAAAACCUGCUUUGAAACGGAAGCAGGCAGUCAGUGACGAGUCGGACAGCAGCUCAGACGACCUCAUGUCGCGCCUCAAGGCUAAACCACAGGUUGCCGGAAAGAAAACCAAGAAGUGGAAUGAAGAUGAUAGCUUCCAGAUAUCAGACCAAGAGGACGCAGCUCCUGUUGCCGUGGCACCACGAGAGAAACCCUCACGUGCUCGAAAACCUGUGACCUACAACUUGGACUCAGACUCUGAUGAAGACUUUUAAACAUUGUUUUAAGAUUUUGUUGUAUAGUAGUUUUAGCUUAGUUACAGCGUUGCUAGUAUUACCAAAAGUUGCUUUUGUGCACUCAGUUGGAAUAAAACUAAACUAAUCUCUUACAAUUUACUAUAACCUUAUAAAGAGUUUUUUUUUUUUUUAGGUGCUCUCCUUCACAGAUUUUAUUUCUAAAGUUCCUAAAUCUACUUUUCGAUUUGUUCUCCUGUUUGUGUUGUCUUGUAAAUAUUUCAGUGGUUUAAAAAAAUAAAGUUUGUACAGUUUUGAAA